AACUGUAGGUGUUAUCAUUGCUCUACAAAUGAUUGGCGGAUUUUAUUAUUAUUCACACUAACAAAAUGAAUCCGCGUCAUAUCUUUGAAGGUGUUCCAAACUUGGUUCUGUCUGCCGAUCUGCAUGUAAAACAUUUCGGGUCCGGACAAGCUUUGCUAAAAUUCUGUGGGCAGUGUCAUAUUACAACGCGGUACCUCCUGGAGUAUAUAGCUACGCGUUCGUGUUGCUGAUCUGUCACUGACUUGAGGUAAAGCACACGUUAACACACGGACUUAACUUUCUUUUCGUGUAAAAUGGAAAUGCAUGCCAAGAUGUCAAAAUCCAAAACUGCUUCUGUGUUCCGUAACAUCAAGUUCUUUGUUCUGUGCCAUGGUCUACUGCAGCUGACCCAGCUCCUCUACAGUUCAUACCUCAAGAGCACCAUCAGCACCAUCGAGAGACGCUUUGGACUCAGCAGUUCCUCCUCGGGCCUCAUUUCCUCCCUGCAUGAGGUUGGGAACACGGUUCUGAUCGUAUUCGUGAGCUACUUUGGGAGCAGGGUCCACCGGCCACGCCUCAUCGGGCUGGGAGGUCUGCUCAUGUCUGUCAGCGCCAUCAUCCUGGCCCUACCUCACUUCCUGUCGCAGCCCUAUGUCAACUACUCCGUCUUAUUGGACAAGCAUGACGUGUGCGACCUCCAAGGGAACUCCUCCGCUCCAGAGAGCUGCGGGGAGGAGAGCUCCCGCCAGCUCGCCGACAAGAGCAACCUGUGGCUGCUGAUGGCCAUCGCCCAGCUGCUGUUUGGGGUGGGCACUGUGCCCAUCCAGCCUUUCGGCAUCUCCUACGUGGAUGACUUUGCGGAGCCCGGAAACUCUCCUCUUUAUAUUGCCAUCCUCUUCUCGGUCUCUGUGUUUGGGCCCGCCUUCGGAUAUCUGUUGGGAUCUGUGAUGCUCCAGAUCCAUGUGGAUGUGGGCAGAAUAAGCCCAGCCAGUGUUCAGGAGCUGACACCCACCGAUCCACGCUGGGUCGGGGCCUGGUGGAUGGGUCUCCUGGUCUCUUCUGGCUGUCUGGCCCUGACCUCCAUCCCCUACUUGUUCUUCCCCAGGGAAAUGCGACUGGAGUUGCAUGAUAUAGGAGCUGAAGCCGACACUUUGAAAGGAGACCUAAAGAAGCCCGAGAUAUCUUUGUUUGGCUUUCUUAAGAUGUUCCCCCGGCUCUUUGUAAGGCUGUUGCUAAGUCCACUCUUCUUGCUGCUGGUUCUGGCCCAGUGUUGUUUCUCCGCUGUGAUUGCUGGCUUGUCCACCUUCCUUCCAAAGUUCCUGGAGCGACAGUUCAGCACCACAGCUGCCUACGCAAGCCUGCUCAUUGGGGCCAUCAACCUGCCAGCGGCUGCCAUGGGCAUGCUCGUAGGUGGGGUGAUCAUGAAGAGGACCAAGUUCUCCCUGAAGGCCAUCCCCAGGUUCUGUGUGGCUGUGCUGUUUGUUUCCAUCCUGCUGUUCAUCCCUCUCUUCUUCAUGGGCUGCUCCACACAGAAGGUUGCCGGGGUCAAUGUCCCCUACAGAUCCCAGUCCACAUGCAACUCCAACUGCUCCUGUCCUCAGAGUGCCUUCAACCCGGUAUGUGGUUCAGACAACAUAGAGUACAUCUCACCGUGCCAUGCUGGCUGCACCAACUUCUCCAAGGACCCUCAGACACCAAACAGGAUCCAGUUCUACACCAACUGCAGCUGUAUCCUGGACUCGGACAUCGCGGGAAGCGCACAGCCUGGCUCGUGUGCAAACAGCUGCCCACACUUUCUCUUGCCAGUCAUGUUCAUCGUCUCCCUCUCUGGGUUCAUUGCCAGUCUGUCCCACAACCCCAUCUACAUGAUGGUUCUAAGAACUGUCCCUCAGGAAGAAAAGUCUUUUGCUAUUGGAGUUCAGUUUUUGCUCAUGAGGAUGCUGGCAUGGUUACCGGCCCCUGCCAUAUUUGGGACAGCCAUCGACUCCACAUGCGUUUGGUGGAAGCAAGUCUGUAGCAGGCUGGGAUCCUGCGGCUACUACGACAACAACCUCCUUCGAAACAGGUACCUUGGCCUCCAGAUGGGCUGCAAAAUCAUGGGCAUCUCCCUCUUGGCCUUGGUAGGCUGGAAAGUACAGCGAACCAAAGAAUACUACGUGGAGAAGAAACCAGAGGGCCCAGUCUGAAGUAUCUCCUCCAGCAGCUCCUCAGACUCACCCCCCCCGUGACUUCCUGGUUUGAAGCGACGGUUUUUGCCGUGCGUUCUGGCUCCUUCCAAAAACCUGUCCAGCUUCAGGAGAGAUGGAAAGGCCCCUCCCUGUGGAACUGGCUAUCACAUGAACGCUCAAGUCUAGAGAGCCUCAAAAGUGAGGCAUCCCACUGAGUCCAGUGUCAUAAACUCUGCCCCCUGCCAGCCUCCAUACAAACAGGCUUUUCACAAAAUGGUUGAAGAACUGAAAAUGUCUUGCACUGAGGGUCAUUCAUUAUUCUGCUCAUUUGGUCCUUUUCAUUUCUUCACUGCUGGCCAUCCUGAUGCUCAGAUGCUACAACCUGCAGUUUUUUACUGGCAAAAUAUGAACUUUUUUUUUUUAACCUCAGAGCAACUUCCAGAUCCCAUGGGCUGAGUAAAAAUGCCUCACUACAAAGCAGUCCAGUUUCUGGCUGUAAGCUACUUACACACAUAGCUGGUGUACUUGAUGCAGAAUUUCCUAUUUUGCAUAGUUAAACCUGUGGAUUAGGGUAAAUACAUAUACCCAGGGAAAACGUUUCACACACAGUAUGUAAACCUUGCAAGAGCUGUAUUUAAUAACUUGCAUAAUGUGUGCAGUGUAUUACAAGGAUUGGUAUAUAUAAAAAUAUAUUGUUUAUGAAAUGGUUAAUAUUCAUUAAAAACUAGACUGUAAGCCAAUACAGUGCCAAUUUGAAUGAUUAAUUAAAAUAAGUUCGGUAAAAUAAGUAAAAUAAUAUAAUAAUCUGUUCAGGAUCACAUAUUUAGAAUGUGUUUAUACUGUAUGUUCAAAGCUGAAACAAUGAAUGGAAUUGUGAGAUGUACUGUAGUUGAGACAGUGAAUGGAAUUGCUACAUGUAUACUGUAUUAGAGAGCUAUUGACAUGGAAAUGGUCCACUUUUUCUUGUUAUGAAAGUCAAUGUUCAUUUUAAUCAAGCUCAAUAUUUACAUUUACAAAGGAUUUUAUUUUUUAAAAUGACUGUUACACAAAGAAGUGGUUAACAUAUAAUAUUUAAGAUAUUUUGUAUGUAAAUAUUUAUAUUUUUUGUAAACCAAUAACAAUGUAACAUCCA